AUGAGAUUUAAGAGCUGUUUUUUCUUCCUAGUUUUGAUGAAUUCAGGCAAACUCUUUGCAGAAGAUAAACUUUGUGAUUUGCCGCACGUAGAAAAUGGAAGGAUUGCCCCAUAUUAUUACAGCUUCAAAGGUUACUAUUUCCCUAUGCGUAAAGGAAAAAGCCUUUCCUAUUCUUGUGUGGCUGGUUAUACUACUGAAACCGGGACUCAAGACGGAAGAAUAACUUGUACAGCAAAAGGAUGGUCUCCAGUGCCACAAUGCUACAAAAAAUGUAAUAAGCCUCUUCUGGAACAUGGCAUUUUUUAUGGUACAGAAAUGUACUUCAAAAUACAUGAGAAAUUACAAUACAAAUGUAAUCAAGGGUACCACGCUCCCAGCGGUGGUACUGAAGAUACGGUGCAAUGUCAAUCAGAUGGAUGGUCUUCCCAGGCAAGCUGUACUAAGAAAGUUGAGUCAUGCCAAGUGCCUGAGUUACAUCAUGGCACCUACUUCACGACCCUGCGAGAGCUCCGAGUGAAUGAAGUGCUGCUGUAUAAAUGCGAUGAGGGAUACCACGCUGCAGGAGGAAACACUAUAGGAGAGGCAGUUUGUCUCGCUCAUGGAUGGUCCCUUACUCCAAACUGCUCGAAAAAAACCUGCCCCUCCUUGGGUGUAAUAGAACAUGGAGGUUUCUAUCCUGUGAAGAAAAUCUAUGAAGAAGGAGAUGUUGUUCAUUUUUUCUGUGAGAAAAAUUAUUCUUUCCGUGAAUUUGACCUGAUUCAAUGUUAUUACUUUGGAUGGUAUCCAGAUCCUCCAGUGUGUGAAGAUGUAAGAAAUAAAUGUCCUCCGCCACCACUGCCUCCUCACGCCCGUAUCAUCGCAGUUAGGAGAACAUAUCACAAUGGCGACAGAGUUCGUAUACAGUGUCGGAGUGAAUAUGAAAUAAGAGGAUCUGGGGAAAUCCAGUGUGAAAAAGGAAAGUGGACGUCACCUCCUAUCUGCAUGGGAUCUAUGGAUAAAAGGGAAUCUGAGACACCAGUAUUCAAGGAAAAUGCGUCGAUAAGGGCAAGCGAAACGUAUCACAGUGAAGAAAUGAAAAUACAGCAAAACUGUACCUCCCCACCAGUGAUUAAAAAUGGUGUUCUCCUUGGCCCUUUAUUACCGAGUUACAAAAAUGGUAGCUCAGUAGAAUACGGUUGCCAGCGUUACCAUUUUUUGGAUGGACCCAGUACUGUUUACUGCAAACAAGGAAAUUGGACAGAACGGCCUACUUGCUUGGAUCCGUGCAUUCUUAAUGUAACUGAUAUGAACAGUAACAACAUAGAGUUGAAAUGGAGACAGGAAGAAUUCGUCUUCCUACACGGUGAUCUCAUUGAGUUCGAAUGUAAGCGAGGAUACAAAUUUCCCCAUACUACCAUGCCAUCCCCUGGGAGAACUCAGUGUGACCGUGGAAGGCUGAAAUACCCCAAAUGUAUUUUGCAAGUUCCCACGGAAAAAUGUGACUCUCCACCGUCUAUUGCAAAUGGAGCUCUUACUCUCCCACCUCUGGCCCAGUAUGACAAUGGUUCUUCAGUUCAGUAUAGUUGCUCUGAUUAUUACUUCUUGCAAGGAUCUGAGAGAAUUUAUUGUUCCGAAGGCCGGUGGACUUCACCACCACUUUGUAUAGAGCCGUGCACUUUGUCAAAGAAUGAAAUGGAAAAAAAUAAUGUGCUGCUGGAAAGUUUUUAUGAGAACCAAGUUUACUUUUACCAUGGAGAAUAUGUUGGAUUUUAUUGCAAACAGAACCAUGUUGGAGCAGAAUCUGGUGUGACUUUAUUUCAAGUGCAGUGCAAGAGAGGACAGCUAGAGUAUCCAAGAUGUGUCGAAAGGAGAGAAUAGGUAAGUAUGACUUCAAAAAAAAUGUAUAGGAAAGGUAUGUAUGUGUUCUUUACCUACUAUUAAUGGCUGCACUAAGGUGGCCUCCUACCUUCAAGAUGACUACAGUUGACUUUGAGAAAUGAGUGUUCAAUGGCAUUGUUGAAUCUGAGUUGAAGAGAGAGGGAAAUGAAAAAAUGUUCUGUGGACUGAGGACUGAGUAUACAGCAGCACAAUGCAAUAUUUCAGACUGCAUGUGGAAAUGUUAGGAAGAAGAAUUUUGUGAGGCUUACAGUUCUUCUGCCAGUGCUUCUGUUCAAGAGAAUGUCAAAAGGAGUAUUUGUGUUUGUGGAACUUGGAUUUUAGUUACCUUGUGUAGGCAGUACACGUGAUGAAUUGUUUAUCACUGUAUUCAGCUUAUUGCUGCAUUUUCACUAGGACUGUUUUCAUAAUACUGCUUACUAUUAUUAACGUUGCUCAUAUAUUGUCAAGAUUUCUUCUCAUUCUGUUGCUGUUAUUGCAUUCAAAGUUAUGCAUUUGUUUUACUACCAGAUCUUCAGCUCUGGCUGAAGCCGGGGGGAGGGAGAGCUCCCCUUUGGCAACAAUACAUGGCAGACGAAUGCCAUUUGUAAGGCUGUGAAGAUGAGCACAUAAAGUAAAUAACGUGCUGCAGUAGCCUACUGCUUUGCACUGAAAGUACUGGCAGUGCUUUUCCUGUCAUCUGGAUAAGGUUUGGAAACAAGAGGCUUCAUCAAAGUUGAAAAACAAACAAACAAACCAACCCAACAUGCACUUCUUCUCAAUACAAACGUUAAAAUACACUGUCUACCUCUCUCUCAUUCCCACAGUGCAGACAGCUAAAUGGAACCCCUACGCAAUAUGGAGCACCAGCUCUUCCCCCAGGACAC